AAUAAUAUUACAAAUAAAAUAAAUUUAUAAGAUACAAUCCGCGCGAAACGCGGAAAAAAUCUCUAGUAAUAUUAAUGUAAGUCCAUAAGUUUGUCUGGUUUCGUUUUUUGUAUAUUUAAUUGUUAUAAAUCAUCAACCUAAUUUUAUAAUUAAGCCUCACAAAUCGAAAUAUCUUAUAUCAUUACUUAAUUUAACGUUGGGUGAACAAACGACUAGUCAUUUUUGUUACUUAAUUUAACGUUAGGUGUACAAAAUUGUAACGUUAGGUGUAUACAAACGAGUAGUCAAGGACAAGAAAAUGGGUUUAAGAUUGUUAAAAGCCCAUGAAUAAUGGGCCUAACUAAGUUACAAGCCCACCUCCAUGAGAUCAACCAUAAAUUAAAAAAUUUAGGUCAAAGUCUCUCUUGUGAAUCUCAUUAAUUUAUUCGCCCGACACACUUUGCCCCUACACAGCAGACAAAGACAACAAAAAGCAAAUACAAUGACUCCCUUCUUCACUACAGAUAUCACCACCGACAUCUUCGCGAGACUCCCUGCCAAAUCAGCCGCCAGGUGUCGCACUCUCUCCAAGCAAUGGUCCUCCAUCCUCAGCACCCCAGAUUUCGCCGAACUCUUCCUCACUCACUCCUCCACUCGUCCGCGUCUCCUGUUCGCCGUCGAGCGAAACGGUCUCUGGACCUUCUUCACUUCCCCUCAGCCUCAGCCUCAGUCCUCUCAUUCUACCGUAGUAACCGCCGAGUUUCACACCAAGUUCGACGGAGACGUGAGCCGAUACCUCUGCAGCUACGCUUCCGGUUUGAUCCUCUUCCCCGACGUGUGGAUUCCGAGUAAAAGUGACGACACCAACCCUGUGGUUUGCAACCCCGUCACCGGAAAGUACGCGACUUUACCUUACCUGAGCAUCUACAGAAAGUCGCGAGCUUUUCUAGGGUUUGACCCUGUCGGAAAACAGUUUAAGGUCUUGUCGGAAGAUCGUCCCUUUUGUAGUCAAAGCGACCAUCAUCAGGUUCUGUCUUUAGGAGAAGGAGGUGGUGAAGAGUUGAGUUGGAGGGUGAAGGAUGAUGGUCCACAAUACGACCAUUGUUUGUCUGAAGCGAUUUGCAUCGAGGGGGUUUUGUAUUACUUGGCCGAGAACUUUAGUGAUCCACGUGUGGUUGUUCGCUUUGAUGUUCGGUCUGAGGAGUUUGAGUUCAUCGAAGCGGGUUGCUUUUCUGGUGAAGAAGUGGCUGUGAAGUUGAUUAACUACAAGGGGAAAUUAGCUGGUGUUGACUGGAAGUAUCUUAAAGCUGAUGAUGAGAAGAUUGUUCUUGAGUUGUCUUUGUGGGUUCUUGAAGAUGUCGAGAUGAACGAAUGGGUCAAGUCUGUUUACGUUUUGUCUGAGGAGAAGAUUGUUCGUCGUUGCAAUUUCUCUGUUGCUGGGAUGACUGGUGGAGGUGAGAUUGUUUUGGCUAUGGACUACACUACGAAACCGUAUUACGUCUUCUUCUUUGAUCCGGAAAAGAACACUCUCAGAGGCGUUGAGGUGCAAGGGUUUGGAGAUAAGCUUGAAGCGCUUGGGACUCGUGGGAGGGUUCGUGUCUUCGUUGACUAUGUUGAGGAUCUAAACGUUCAUGAUGGGAAGCAGCUCAAGUCAAGCAUCUCUGCUCCAGUGAAAUGAUGAAUUAGAGUUUCUAAAUGUGAUCUACCGUUUAGCUAGGCCAUCUCUACUGGAAAUAAUAUUUAACAGACUAUGUGUCUUUCAGACUUUUAUGAUCAUAAUUGAGAUAUUUAAGACACUGUCAUAUCGUUUGGUACUUAUUUUA